AGUCAACAGCUAGAUAAAUUGGCUAGUUAUCAAGCUAGUCAGUCGGUGAAUCAGCAGCAAAAACAAUGUCCUCCUCAUCCAUCAACCCGGACGACAUCAAUCUGCUAGCGCAAUUUCUAGCCCACGAACAAAUCCCAGCAUCAUCCCACCCCCCAAUCAAUACCGACUGCAUCGUGAUAUGUGUCUCGGCUGUGCUUUAUCCCGCAGAAGCCGUCUUCAAACACCUAGAGCGCAACCCCCAAUUAACUAAAACACUCGUUCUAUGUGGUGGAAUCGGCCACUCCACGCCUCAUCUCUACGAGGCCGUAUCGAGGCACCCAGACUACGCACACCUCGUCCCAGAAAUCACAGGCAAGCCAGAAUCUCACGUCCUGCAUACCAUCUUCACGCGAUGCUUUGAUGCCACUUUUAUUCAAAAAUCCGGCUGCACGGUUCUACUAGAAGAUAAGUCCACGAAUUGCGGACAGAAUGCCUUAGAAACACGGGCAUUAUUGGCAAGGAACGGCAUCCCGGAACCUAAAUCUAUGAUUGUUGUGCAGGAUCCGACCAUGGCUCGGCGGACGGUUGCCUCAUUUGAAAAGGCGUAUGCGCCGAGCCCCCCGAAGUUGCUCAGCUGGCCGAUAAUAGUGCCUCGAGUUAAGCUUGAGGAGGGUGAGUUGGUAUACGAUGAUGAUGGUAGUAUGCCAGGGGUGACGGGAACAUUGUGGAGUAUGUCACGCUUCUUGGGUCUGGUUCUGGGUGAGAUUCCACGGCUGAGAGAUGAUGAGCAUGGGUAUGGGCCCAUGGGGAAGGGGUUUAUUGGUCAUGUUGAUAUUCCGGAGGAGGUUGAACACGCGUAUUCUAGGGUCCAACGGGGGAUAGGAGAAGAUUCGGCAAAGAGAUAG